AUGGACGCAAGAUCUCUAUUACGUGCCAAGAAGGCGGAAGCACGUAUAGAUCAUCCAUACGCUUCAUAUUCUUCUGCUGGACAACUGAGAUGUUCCAUCUGUGCUAUUCCUGUCAAACAAUGGGAAGCACAUCUAGUAACAAAACAACAUCGUCAAUCAGUUCAAAGAGAAAGAGAAGCUCAAGCCAAAGCAGCGGCCAAGAAACGACCGUCGGAAGAAACUUCAUUAUCUGAAUCUGCCAAACGGGCGCGGUUUGAACAACCACAGGUAGACGAGGAAGAUGAGGAGGAGGAAGGACCAUCAGGAUUACCAGAGGGAUUCUUUUCAUCUACCAACAAACCUUCCGUGGAGCUUGAGCCUUCAAUCAACGGAGUGGAAGAAGUGGGGAUAAAUCUCACGCUGCCAAAAGCUACGGGAGAUGCGGAAUUAGAUGAUUUUCUCGCUUCGCUCUCUGAACCUCAACCUGAAAUCGAGCCUUCGAAUUUGAUAGAGAAUGGAGAAGGAAGUACUAAACGAAAACCCGUUCGAGCGAGUUACAAAGAGACGGAAGAUGCUCAAGUGUCAUAUCAGGCCGCACCUGUCUUGAUCGGUCGAGCGGAAGGGGAGGAGCCAGAGGAAGAGGAAGAACCGGAGGAAAGUGAGGCGGAGAAAAGGGCGAGGAUAGCACAGGAAGAGAGGGAAGAGAUUAUGGGUCGGUUGGAAGAAGAAGAAAGAGCUCAGGAAGAUGCAGACGCCAGAGUUAUACACCUCAAACAAAGGAUGGAAAUGCUCAAAAAGCGCAGAGAGGCGAAAGCGGCUUUAGGAGGAGAA